ACCCCGGAGGCGGGGCCGUCGCCUUCCUUCAGGACUCGGGAUCGAUCUGGAGCUCCGGGAAUUUCCCUGGCGCGGCCGCUCUGGACUUUCCAGUCUCAACCUUGUAUAAAAAGGGUUCGCCGAUCUGGGGAAGCCACAGAGCUCGGGUCGCAGUCACCUCCCCGCCAGCUCUCCCGCUUCUCGCACAGCCUCCCGACCCGUCUGCUGAGCCCCAUGGCCCUCGCCGCGCUCUCCGCAGCUCCCAGCAAUCCUCGGCUCCUGGGGGUGGCGCUGCUGCUCCUGCUCCUGGUGGCCUCUGGACAGCGCGCAGCAGGAGCGCCCGUGGCCGCUGAACUGCGCUGCCAGUGCUUGCAGACCCUGCAGGGAAUUCACCCCAAGAACAUCCAAAGUGUGACUGUGAAGGCCCCAGGACCCCACUGCGCUGAAACCGAAGUCAUAGCCACACUCAAGAAUGGGCAGAAAGCUUGUCUCAACCCCGCAUCCCCCAUGGUUCAGAAAAUCAUCCAAAAGAUACUGAACAAUUCAGGAACCCGCGACUGCUCACAGCGCUCUGUGACCACUAUGAGCCUGCUGCCCAGCCACGCGGCCCCGGUCCUGGGUCCUUUGGGCUCCUUGUGCACGCUGCUCGCGCUGCUGCUGCUGUUGACGCCGCCAGGGCCCCUCAGCACGGGUGGUCCUGUCGCUGCUGCGUUGAGAGAGCUGCGUUGCAGUUGUUUACAGACCACGCAGAGAGUUCAACCCCAAAUGAUCAGUAAUCUGCAGGUGUUCCCCAUAGGCCCGCAGUGCUCCCAGGUGGAAGUGGUAGCCUCCCUGAGGAACGGGACGGAAGUUUGUCUGGAUCCACAAGCCCCUUUUCUAAAGAAAGUCAUCCAGAAACUUUUGGACGGUGAAAACCAGGACAACUGAGGAAGAGAAAUGAGUAGGCAUGGAAACGUUUCCCAGUCUUCAGCAGAGCAGUUUUCUGGAGGUCUCUGGACCCAGGGAAGACAAGAAGGAAGGAUUUUGUUGUUGUUUGUUGAUUUAUUUGUUUUUCUAGUAGUUAGCUUUCUUCCUGGAUUCCUCACUUUGAAGAGUGUGAGGAAAACCUAUGUUUGCCCCUUAAGCUUUCAGCUCAGCUAAUAAAAUGUUUAGCAUAGUACCUCUGCUAUUUGCUGUUAUUUUAUCUGCUAUGCUAUUGAAGAUUUUGGCAAUUGACUAUACUGUGAGCCAAGAAUCACUGGUUAUUAAUCUUUCAAAGUGUCUUGAAUUGAAGGUGACUAUUAUAUCUCCAAGAAAUAUUCCUUAAGGUAUUAACUGAGAAGGCUGUGGAUUUAAUAUGGAAAUGAUGUUUCAUAAGAAUUCUGUCGAUGGAGAUACACUAUUAUCUUCACCUUUUUAAGAAAUAGGAAAUAUUUUCAUGUUUCUUGGGGAGUAUGUCAGAGAAUUUCCUUACUCUUGAUCCUGGGAUACGAUGAAAUUAUUUUGUUUUAGAAAGCUGAGUGUAUCGCACCUUAUCUAUGUAGAAUAUAUUUCCUUUUUCAGAAUUUCUAAAAGUUUAUGUUCUAUGAGGGCUAAUAUCUUCCUAUGAUUUUAGACAUUCUUUAU